AUGCCAGAGAAGCUGACGAAGACUGACAACGGCAAGACCGUCACGGUGGCGGUCGGUGAAACUGUCGAGGUUGAGCUCCCCAGCAACCCCACCACCGGGUUUUCGUGGAUGUUUGAGAACCGCAAGAAGGACGAUCCCGAAAACAAGGCGCUUACCGUCACGAACUCAUACGUCGCCCCGGAUGCGAAGCUGAUUGGUGCGGGCGGAAAGGAGCUUUUCAGGGUGACAUCGAAUUCCCCCGGCUUGCACGAGGUGACCCUUGUCUACAUGCGCUCAUGGGUCGGGCCGCGGCCGGACUCUGAGCGCUUUACCGUGCGGAUCAAGGUGAACUAG